GCCUGCUCUUUCACGGUAUAAAAAAAAAGUCUGCGAUAUUUUCUUCCCCAACCAACAACCAACACCAUGUUAUCGGUCUCAUUACCUUCGCCAUCACCAAUAAUAGCAGACCCUUUAACCACCUCAAUGCUGACUCCAUUACUUCCAUCGGCAUUUCUCUGUUGCCCGGUCGAAGUACGAGACGCCAUUCUUAGCCAACUAUCGCAACCUUCCCUGUUGCACUUGUCGGCCACCUGCCGUUAUUUCCGCCAACUGAUUCUCUCACGAAGACAAUACUGGAAAUCCAUAAAAUUCGAUAAUAGCCAUGAAAGAGAUGUUAAUGCUAAUAUGAUCUUACAAUUCAUAUCUGCCUUGCCCGCCAAUUCUCGUGCGGCUACUACCGACAUCGAAGUUGGAAGUCUAUUUGUCAACACUCUCCCAGAAAUCGUUGUUGUACUGCUUCAAGCUUUCCCUAAUUUGGUCAGCCUGGAUGCCCGUUCCCUGAACUGCUUAGACUUGUUAGGGCCGUUGGCGUCAGCUCUGGCACCACUAGCGACUACCAACAUGCAUCAAACUCGCUAUCAGAAGUUUCAACGACUCUUGUUGGUGGAAAAGGGUGAAUCAAAGGUGAUGCCAUGUGAAGGAAAUCGAACGCAACACAUGGCAAGACAACUUAGCAGCUAUUUAUGGGCCCUGACGUCUCAAGGUCAACAUGAUAUUUACGUCUGUGAGGGUUGUAACGAACACUUGGCCGACAUACAAUACCCAUCUGCGAGAUGUGCAGCUUGCGACGAACCGAUCAUUGGGCAAAGCACUUGUUUAUAUUGCAGCUUUGCCUGUGAACGUUGUGGAGAUCGCUUUUGUGGCGAAUGUGAUGGACGUUUGACAGAUAGCUGCGUCGUUUGCCAUGACGAAUGUCCGUUUUUCCACCAAGGGUUUUGUACUCGUUGUGAACUGGAACGGGAAUGUGCCUCUUGCCACAACAAGAUGUGUGAUGAACAUACUGAAACUUGCAUGUGUGGAGCCUUAAUCUGCUCCAAAGAAUUGGGCUGUUGCAGUGAAUGUCGAUAGAGCUGCUGGACAAAAACCCAUUUAGAUAUUCCCCAUCCUUCGUCUUUGUAUUAUAUCAUGAAUUUUACAUUUGCCUU